AUGGCGGGAAGAACUAACCAACUUCCUUCGGAACUUCAGAGCCACACCACACAGCUCAACUGGAAAGGCCCCAGCAACAGCCUUCUUCAAUCGAAGCUACCCGAUGUACGCACCAAUGCACGGGACCCGGCCGAGAUCCAAGAGACGGACCAGAAAGCCAAAAGAAAGAUGAAGAAAUAUUCUGACUCGAAAGCAUACGUCAAGCCAUCGAGAGUACGACCUGGCGAUACCGUGGUCCUAAAGCGUGAUCCCUCACAUUGAAAGUCCGAAACCCCGUAUGAACCAAAGCCAUACAAAGUAAUCAGCUGCAAAGGCUCGAUGGUAACCGCCACGCGAGGAGAAAAGACAGUGACCAGAAACUCGUCGUUCUUCAAGCUCGUCAGACAACAAGAUGAACCAACGGAAGGCGACUCGACCGAUGGAGAACAUGAUAACCUCGAAGAUACGGACGGUGAACCGGACAACAUUGCACAGGCUCAAGAACAGCAACAAGAACCUCACCGUUAUCCUCAACGCGUUCGAGCGCCACCAAGACAUCUAGCAGACUAUGCAUAG